UUGCGUUGUCUCGUAAUUAUUUCAUAUCAUGACCGAUUAUAUUUUUGUAUUUGCUUUUCAGCUGGUGAUUGCAAUGUUGGUUCCAAGGUCACCUAUAGACAAUAUAGUGAUACCAUAGUAAACCACACCAUCGUUGGCCCCAUCAUGUCAUCUAUUACAGCCAAGAAUGAGAGAGAAUGUGAGAUGGAACGUCACCUGGCUGUACCAGACAUGUGCUACAUGUUCAACUACUAUCCCUCGUCUAAGGUUUGUGAGCUGCUCUACAAGGAUCGUGCGGCAGAAUACAAGGUGGAGAAGAAAAAAGGAUCUAAAGUCAAGACACGAAAGUGUGAAUCAAGUUCUUGUGUUGUCGGCACGGCACAACAUUGUGUCUCUCUUGGUGACCAGAGCAACACCCUCUGUCUGAACUUCACCGGUCGCAUCAUCAAAGCCAACACAGCUCCUGUGUGUAUUGGAGCUAGAAACGACAGCUACGGGACAUUCUUUGCUCCUGCUUAUGGGAAAAUCAAGACAUUCAAGCUCGUUCACAUCUCAGGAGGAAUUGCUGCUUAUGGAAGUUCUUUAGGAGGAGCUCCAGGAAAUUGGGGAACGUUGGCUCCUGCAGAGCCCCAUCCACACCUUGAACUGCACGUCACCGAUACCCAGAACUCAAGUAUCACCCCUCCACCUGGGUACCCUCUCGAUAUGUCAUAUGGUUUCAUGCGCUACGGUGUACCAGGCUUCACGGUCAUGAGUCCAGAACUCGUGUUCCCUGACAUUUCUCCACCUCUUGCUGUGACCAAAGGAAAAGAGUUCAGGAUUUGGGAAGGACAGGAUCUCGCUAACGCUCAUGAAUUCGAUAACAUUGGACCAACCUGUGCUGAUGUGUACGUUUUCUUCACCGGUUGAAGACCCGCCCUAGUUCUUGACAGUCAUUUUCACAUUUUUUUAUUACUGCAGCGGGAUGAAAAAACCAGUGGGAAAUUCUCAAUCAAGGAAGGUUAUUGCCGAACGCAAUCGAAUCCAAUCAUGUGAUUGCGUUCGAUUGAAUUCGACUUCCAAAUCAUUUGAUCGAUUACGCGGAGUUUAUUAAUUGCACCACAAUUUUGUUUCAAACAUUAUAAAGAAUGAAGCUUCUGGUUAUUGAGAGAUGGACUAGUAAUUUUCACCUACUUAUACUUUUUAACGAUUUGUUAUUUGCACCAUCAUUUAGCUGGUGCCAAUGAGUGACACAAUGGGUUGAACGACAUCAAUUAAAACUGCAGGGGAGGCUAACAAAGUUUUAUAUCUGACAAAGUAGUUGCACACAAUGUACAAAUUUGUAAAAAUUACAGCAUGAUUUAGGGACCGAUCAGUAUUUAUAUCAGCUGGGGUAGUUUAGGGGGAGAACAUAAACAACUGAUAGGGGUGGAGAUGAGUUAGAGAAUUUCAAGACAUUGGUAUUGUACAAGUUGUACGUUUUUUUGUAUUGCGCUUAACUUUCGCAAAUAAUUUGCUCUUAGACGAGGCAAAACCUGUAGAGUGAAUAAGCCCGUUAAUAAGGAACACAGCGGUAUUCAGUUACCGAAUGAGUAAAAAGAGUCUAUCACCCCAUUCACACCAAGGCUUAAAUAUGUUUUAAAGUGGUUUAACUACACAGGUUUGGAAAACUAUCUACGAACACUGCACAAUCUUUGGUAAAAUGAUGCAUGUAAGCUAUCCUUUGUCUUGCUCUGAUAAUAUUUUACAAAGUUUUAUUAUAUUGUAGGUUUCUAGUUUCUAAAUUUUUUUCCUAAUGAAAACAUAGUUUAACUAAACACGUUUAGGUGUGAAUGGGGUAUAUUGUUUGCAUCACGUCGAUAAAGAAAGGUAUAAAGCCCUGUUUACACUGGCGAUUUUUGCUGCGAUUUUUGUGGCAAUUUUCGGAAAUGUAAAAUCUUUUGUCUCAUCCUUCGAAAGAGACAUUCGUCUAGGAAAAUCUUGGUAUCCUGAAAAAAAACUUUACAAGUAAAUUAUUUACCAUUAUUUAUUAUGAACAGAAUCGCCGAAACAAUCGCAGCAAUAAUCGCCGAAAAACUCGCGUGUGUAAACGUGUAAACUCACUAGUGUAAACUCACUAGUGUAAACGUGGCUUAAAACCUUGCCUUGAUGAGUUGUUGCCCCUUUCUCCAUAGAUAUAUAUGGGCAAUAAAGCCAGGUGAAAACAAAACAAGAAAGAAUUACCCAACAAGUAAAAUAUCUCGGUCGUGGUA